AUGUGUAAUGAUUUAGAAAAAAUCAUUUUAUUCACAGAAUGCGAUGGAUUUGAUAAAAAUCAAUUACUUGAGAGUGAUUUAUAUCCAUAUUCUGAUGAAGGAUAUUCAUUACUUGAAUUAUGUUGUUACCAUGGAGCAGUUGAUUGCUUCAAGCUAUUAAGAUCAAAAUUUAAAUCAGAAAUAACUCAAACAUGUCUAGAAUUUUCAUUUUUAGGAGGAAAUCAAGAAAUUAUGAGUGAAUGUUUGAAAUAUCAAAAGCCGAAUGAAGAAUGCAUGGAGUGUGCAAUUAUUUCACACAACAUUGAUUUUGUUACAUUCUUGAUGAAUGAAUACAAUAUAAAGAUCGAUUUAGAAACUUGUGGACUUUUCAAUAAUCUUGAAUCCUUUUUAGUUUAUUUCGAUCAAACUAAUGAUGUUGACAAAUGCUUUAUUUAUUCACUGAUGUUUAAUAUUCCAUCUCUUUUUGCAUAUUUCUUUUCACAUAGUGCAAAUAUCAACGAAAAAGGUAAAUAUGGAGAAACCGCACUUCAUUAUGCAGCAGAAAGUGAUAGUAAAGAAACAGUUGAACUUCUUAUUUCACAUGGUGCAAAUAUCAACGAAAAAGAUGAAGAUGGGAAGACUGCUCUUCAUUAUGCAGCAGAAAGUGAUAGUAAAGAAACAGUUGAACUUCUUAUUUCACAUGGUGCAAAUAUCAACGAAAAAGAUGAAGAUGGGAAGACUGCUCUUCAUUAUGCAGCAGAAAGUGAUAGUAAAGAAACAGUUGAACUUCUUAUUUCACAUGGUGCAAAUAUCAACGAAAAAGAUGAAGAUGGGAAGACUGCUCUUCAUUAUGCAGCAGAAAGUGAUAGUAAAGAAACAGUUGAAUUUCUUAUUUCACAUGGUGCAAAUAUCAACGAAAAAGAUGAAGAUGGAGAAACAGCUUUCCGUUAUUCUGUACGUCAUCAUAAUAAAGAAAUGGUUGAACUUCUUAUUUCACAUGGUGCAAAUAUCAAUGAAAAAGAUGAAUAUGGAGAAACCGUUCUUCAUUAUUCUCUACGUCAUAAUGAUAAAGAAAUGAUUGAACUUCUUAUUUCACAUGGUGUAAAUAACAAUCUAAAAGAAUAA